AUGGAGCGCACACCUUCCGGUGUGUCGGCAUCUCUGCACUUCGUGGACUCCAAGCUGGCGGGGGAGCAUCUCUCGGUCUCUUCUGGCAACGUACAGCUGCUCCCGGUUCAACAAAGAGAGGGGACCGAGAACCAAUAUCCCCUUCCUGCGCUAUCCAGUGGAAGGCAAACACCUCAGCAGUUCCCGAUCCCAUCUUUGAAGCUCGGCUCGAAUGUUAAUUCACACCACGGGUUCGAUGGGAGGCCCAGACGCCAUCCUCUCAAACCACGACGCCCGAGGCUCAAUGAUCCGGAUCGACCAUAUCUUGUCCACCCCAAGUACAUCGAAUACAGGUCCCGGCCUAGGCAGGACAUCGGCAAGGAUGGGAAACCGAUCUGGCCUGAUCACAUCGAGGCGGCCUUCCAAGAUGCCCUGGUCCAUAUCAAGCCUAUGGGUCGGAAGAAGUGCUCUCAGCGAGGAAAACCCUACGGCCGGAAUAUGCUCAUCGCUGAAUGGAUCUACCGAGCAACUGGCCACAAGAGGGAACGCAAGCAAGUCUCGAGUCACAUACAAGUGCUCCACCGAUUCCUUGCGGGCAUCCCCGAGUGGGAUCGCCUGAUCAAGCCCGGCGACGACGACGACGUCGGGCCUUCCGACGGCCACAAAUUCUACCACAAUUCAAUCGAGCACAUGGUCAAUGAACAGAAAGCUCGAAGCAACAUCCGGCACCAGAGCGGGACAGCAUGGGAUGACGACCUUGACGAUGUUGACGACCCACUCGCGUCUGGAGGCCCGAAUAUUGUCUCGGACCUCUCACACCCGGUCGAGCAGCUAAAUUUCGAAAUGUGGGUGAGCUCGCCAACCGACCAAGAGCGUGCCUUGCACUGCUACAGCAAACUCAAGUCCGACAAACUGGCAGCUAUGCCGCUCGAAGACCUUGCGGGCUGGCGGUUGUCUUUUCCACACUUGACAAGCCUGGUCGAUCGAGGAAGACGGCUCAACGAGUGCGACCUCAUCUUACUCAAUACCAGUUUCAAGCUGAUGCAAGAAUUUCCUCCACGUUACUCCAAGCUGGGAAUCGGACUCGAGGUCAACUUCCCGGAUCCGCUCCUCUGGCCCGAGUCUCGUGGAGACGUGGACUUCAAAAAGUGGACUUGCACUACUUCUAUGUACCGGGACGGGAUACUGAUAUCUGAUCCCACUCGCAAAGAGUGCCAGGUUUCAGAACACUGGAAAGUCCGACCAUUCUUUCAGUCGAAAUGGUGGGCAUCGACAUUCACCUCGCUGACAGAAGCAAGAAAGGUGGCAGAGGAUACCAAAGAUCCAGAAGCGAUCGAGCAUGCCCAAGAACAGUCUCGCAGCUUUUUCCGAGGACUUUCGAUCAUGCAGGAAAUUUCGGCCGUCCGCUGUGCUGGUCAUUGGCAGACGCAACAAGACAAGCGCACGCGUAUGGCAAUCUUGCUAUGGAAAUUCACUCAGGCAGAUAGCGUGGGAACAACGACGUGGCAGAACCUGAUCGCUCCACCGGAUCGUGUGACAACAAAUAGUCCCCCACCACCUGGGACGGAGAUGGAUCUGCCGCCUCUUUCCAUCGACUCUAUCGUCUCGCCUGGGAAUGGCUCGUUCGAGAGCAACAACCAAUUUCUAUCGCAGCACAGCAUGCAAUAUGAUAUGUGUUCCCAAGUCAUGGACGAAGAGCUCUGUCAAGACGGAUUCAUGGGUCUCAAGCCCGAACAGAUUGGCUUCAGCCACCUACAGUCGUUCGACAUGUCACUCCAUGAGUUUUCCGGCGUGGACCCUGCACUCCACGAUACGUUUGAUCUUCAGCAUGGCGAUGUCAGAACGACGGCUGCUAACCAGCACAGCAUCAAUGGCAACCUCUUCGAGCCACCCAAUGUUCAGACGAGCCUGCAAUCAGGCAUGAAUGGUCCUCUGUCCGAUGACCAUCAAACUGUCACCAGCCGCCACACCCAGGAUCUACCCCUCUCCAGAUUCGAUGUCACAACACAUCAAGUGCUUCAGGAGCGGCUUAAUGCAGAAGACAGCCGGCACAGCGCGUCUACAUCCCACUCGCCGUCCGUCAGACCCGGGUCUUCUCCCAGGCUGCUCAGCGAUGGACCCAAUUGUCGUUGGAGCCAGCAGCUUGAUGAGGAUGAGAAAAUACUUCAUAUCCUCGCAGCGCAGCAGCACCAACUGGCCCAACCACUAACGCGCCAGACAUGGCCAUCUCAAGUCGAUGAGCACCAAGAACUGCGCAAUGCCUUGCUCGGCACACCAGACAUGCCUGCUGUCGAAGUCACGCCGCGGCAUCACCGGGCACCCCGGCCCCAACACCAGUUCAGCACCAUUAGCGAUCAGCAACCAAUGCACGACGAACCGCAUCGCAUCCCACUCAUGUCGUUCCGCCCUCCUCUGCACUCUUAUCACAGCUUUUCCGGCAUGCGAAGUGACGAGAAUCUGCAUCGCGUAUCAUCAUACGGAGGCGAGCACCAUGGCGACGGACUAUCCCUGUCGCAACCCCUGGCACAGCUUGACGGCCAUCAUUUCCUCGACGACCACAACCAGCUUUCCGCUGCUUCUGCGCCGGAGGACUUCCUUCGUGCAAGCAACCGCAACCACAUAAUGGAUGAAGGGUCUCGCGAUUUCACCAGGGCGCACAGCGAGCCCGAUCCUAGUGCCGCCGCGGCUGGCGAGUGCUUCAGCAACAGUCUGCAGCUAGUGAUGGCUGAUGCAGUCAGCGACUCCGAACUCCAAGCACACGCGGAACCAAGUCCACUUGGUCCAGCGGAUGCGAGCCCCGGGGGAAGUCUCGUUGAAGUGUCGAUGGAGGACGUGCAGGGGUGA